AUGCUGUCAAUUCUCAAAAGGCGCUCAGCGCCAUCCCCCACCACCGACGGACCUACUAGAGCCUCGCAAGAAACUGACGAUGCAACACUCGCCGAGUUCAGCCGUAUGGCUCACGAAAUGGGCGUCGGUGGAGCCUACGAACGCAAAGUAGCCUUACUCAACAAGACUAUUAAAGAAGAUAUUGGAUUCGGACAUUUCCAAAUCUGGCUCACUUGGCUUGCCGGCUUCGGCUGGUUCGUCGACAAUAUCUGGUUUCAAGCCCUUUCGAUGUCUUUACCGCAAAUCAAGCUCGAGUUUGGACCGAAACAUGUUCAGUUCGCCACCCUCGCGCUAUACUUGGGUCUCUUGAUCGGAGCGACAUUCUGGGGUUUCAUGGCAGACGUAAUUGGUAGAAGACCCAGUUGGAACAUCACCCUCUUCAUCUCGGCUGUUUUCGGUGUUGCUGUUGGUGGAGCACCAAACUUCGUCGCACUCGGCGCAUUGCUGUCUUGUCUAGGUCUGGGAUUAGGUGGAAACUUGCCGGUGGAUGGAGCGAUGCUGAUCGAGUUCAUUCCCAGCACGCAUCAGUGGAUCUUGACCUUUUUGAGCAUCUUUUGGUGCUUUGGUCAGUUGUUUGCCGCGUUCAUUGGUUGGGCGUUCAUUACCAACUACAGGUGUGAAACCGCGGCGGAUUGCCCGAAAAGCUCGAAUAUGGGUUGGAGAUAUACGUGGUUCUUGUUGGGAGGGAUUACGUUUUUGAUGUGGGUGGCUAGGUUUUGGGUGUAUCCGAUUCCAGAGUCGCCCAAGUAUCUGAUUGGCAAGGGGAGAGACGAGGAGGCGAUGGAGGUGAUCAAGUAUAUUGCGGCGCAGAAUGGGAAGACUACAAGUUUGACGUUGGAGCAGUUGAAGGCGGCGGGUGAGGGAGUGACGAUGGCCAUCAACACAUUGGAUGCGAACGAGAAAAAGCUGGCACGGGAAGACGACGUUGAGACCAAAGCUAACGGCGCUUGGCCUUCGUCAACUACAGAGGAGAAUGGAGAGAAGAAGGAAGGCGCGAACAGUGCUGAUGCUCAUGUUCGUGCUGCUCCUGCCACCGUUCAGCCUACCGAUCCCGCCACUGCUACCCCUCAAUCCUCGCCCGACUCUUCACCAACCGCCGCAGUAUCUAUUUCACUCAAAGGUCGAUUCCUCUCUGUCUCCGACCUGGCGCAACUCCGUCGCUCCCUCUCCGAAUUCGAUUCACACCACAUCGUAGCGCUCUUCUCCACGCCACGCAUGGCAUGGAACACAAUCCUCAUCUGCUUCCUCUGGGGUCUCAUCGGUCUCGCCUACCCUCUCUACAACGCUUUUAUCGCGCUAUAUCUCCAAAACGCAGGCGCAAACCAAGGCGAAACCACUCAAGCAGAACAGUACCGCGAUCUCGUCAUCAUUGCAGCCUGCGGUAUCCCCGGUUCUUUUGCAGCCGCAGCAUUCGUCGAGCUUCCCUACGCUGGUAGACGAGGGACGAUGGCGUUCUUCACCCUCCUCACCGGUUUGUUCCUCUUCCUGUUCACAACAGCGAGAACUGCAGCAGCGGUGUUGGGUUGGAACUGCGCAACGAGUCUCACGCAAAACGCAAUGUACGCGGUUUUGUAUGCGAUCAGUUACGAAGUCUUCCCUGCACCCAAUAGAGGUACGGGAGAUGGGUUGGCAAUGGCGACGCAGAGAGUGUUUGGUGUGAUUGCGCCAAUUGUGGGUGCCUAUGCGGGGUCGACACCGACAACGCCGAUUUAUGUUUCGGCGAGCUUCUUCAUUGCUGCGGCCGUGUUGAUGCUGUUUUUGCCUUAUGAGACUAGGGGUCGUUCGGCGUUGUAG